AAUACUACCAAGCGCUGGGUGGUGAGGAUGCUGGCGCGUCGGAUGAUCUCGCGCUUGGUGCCGGUCGCCUCCGCUUCGCUGCGCCGCGUGGCCGCGUCCGGAAGGCCACGCGCAGCUUUACCUCAAGCGUCUCUUGCCGGUUGUCUCAGUACACGCUGCCUCUCGUCGUCAUGGCCCUCCGCGGAGCGGCGCGACAACUCGCAAAUCAACGCGCAGCUCGUGGCAGCGUCGACCACGCCCGAGCUCGUCGCCAUCUACGAGCGCGAGAGGGCCAACUUCAACAGCGUCAACACGGCGACGCUCUUCAAUAAGCUUGGCAAGGCGCAUCGACGCCACACCACGUACUCGGCGCGCGACGCAUCGCUGCUCGCAAGCGCCUUACGCGACACGGUGCGCGAGAUGGCCAACAUGAUUGCCCAUGGCGUCGCCAAGAUGCAGUGGCGCGACGACGAAGGCUUCAUGGACGCCGUCGUUGCGCGCGUGACCAACGGUCUCGACACUGCACCCGCCAUCACGGUCGCCAACCUUGUUUGGAGCGCCGAGAAGCUCGGCGUGCGCGACCGCGCCUUCUACCACGCGAUCGCGCGCCAUCUGCGGUCGCAGCCGCUCGACUCGUACUCGUCGCUGGCGCUCGCCAACAUCGCCAUGGGCUUUGCGAAGGCGCGCAUGAGUGACCGUCUCUGCUCGGUCUACGCAACGAUCGACGACGCGGUCCAGCACCGGGACUUGGAUACGUUCGAGCCGCAGCACGUGGCCAACAUUGUCUGGAGCUUUGUCGCCGCCGAGCGGUUCGACUCGGCACUCUUCCGCCGCGUCGAGAGUCACUUGGCGGCGCGCGGCUUGGAGGGCUUUGAUCCCAACACGCUUGCGUCGCUCUGCAUCUCGUACGCCAAGCACGCGCGGCACAAGGUCACGCCGCACACCGACCUCUUUGCGAUCGUCAGCGACCAACUGGACAGCGAUCGGUCGUCGGUUCGCACCUUCUCGCUCGGGUCCCUCGUCAUGCUGCACUGGGCAUUUACGCGCGCAAAACAGUACAACGCAUCGUGCACGCUCCUGCUUCGCGACGAGCUCCACCGACGUGGCCUCGACAAGUGCCGCAACCACGAGUUGGUGAGCCUCCUCUGGAGCCUCUCGAAUGCGCAGCUGCCCUUUGCGACCACGCCCUUGUACGCUCUGCUUGAAGACCACGUGGUGACCCGGCGCGGCCUCGGGAGCUUCCAGCCGCUUGAAAUCUCGGGUCUUGCCUUUAGCUUUGCGAAAGCCGGCGCCACAAGCACGAACGCGUGCUUCUUUGACGCGCUUCUUAGCUAUCUGGAGACCAUCGGCGUCAAGCGCUUUGACGACCAAGGUCUCGCCAACGUCGCGUGGAGCCUCUACCUCAGCGGCGCCACAUCACGGACUGUCUUGGACCGUAUCGGCGACGAGCUCGCCAAGCGCGAAUUCGAUCGCUUUGGGCCGUCGGCCGUCGCUGCGUUCGUCGCUUUGUUUCUGCCGCCGACAGAGCACUGCCCCAUGAUGUGUGCCAGCACGUCCAUGCCCACUUGGCAGCGCACGUAGAUCGGUACCGCCCACAAGAGUUGCUCCACGUCGCGUCGGGCC